GAAGCUAUAAGCUGUAGGUAGCUCCCCAGCAUCCGAACGUAGCAAGCCGUGUCCUCCUCCUUCCACAUGAAUUCGCGCGCCAUGAUGCACUCGGCCGUCUCACUUGCAUGCUUCUUCAUCAUCCUCACCACCCUCUCGACAACGGCCGUCGAAGCUUCGGCAACCAGCGCGCAGAUGAUACGGGAGUUCCUGGACGGCCACAACGCGGCGAGGAAGGCGGUGGGAGUGCCGCUGCUCGCGUGGGACGCGUCGCUCGCCACCUACGCGCGAGCGUACGCGAACCAGAGGCGUGCGGACUGCAGGCUGGUGCACUCCCCGGGGUACGCGUUCGGGGAGAACUUGUUCUGGGGGCAAGGGGGGCGGUGGAGCGCCGGGGACGCCACGGCGGCGUGGGUGGCGGAGAAGCGGUGGUACCACUACGCCGACAACUCGUGCUCUGGCCAGGAGUGCACGCACUACACGCAGGUGGUGUGGCGGACGACACGCCGCGUGGGCUGCUCCAAGAUCAUAUGCAACUCCGGCGACACUUUCAUAGCGUGCGAGUACUAUCCUCCGGGCAACUACAUCGGCCAAAGGCCUUACAUCAAUUAAGCAUUAGCAUGCAUAGCGCAUGAAUCCUUUUACUGCUUUUUUUUCUCUUCCUCUUUAUCUUUACA